AUGGGGUCACCUCAAUUAAGUAUAUCCAGUCCUACUCCUGUUCAAAAUGGGCCUUAUCUGGAUCAAUUGGGAAGCCUACGAUCUGAACAAUUGUCAGGUAUGAAUGGUAUCAAACGGGACUUGGUGAACAAAAUUCGGAUAAAUAAGGGCUUAUUCGUUGGAGAAGUUCAAUGGUGCAGUAAUCUUUCGCUUCAUGAUUGGAAAAUUCAUCGCCUGGAGAUCGACAGUGGUGGCGGGCUCUGCCAUGCGGUCAGUGAAAAAAGUAUGGCGGAUUUGUCUGUUACAGGUACAGGCCUAGAAAAUUCCAACAAACCCAUCAUCAGACAUCUACAAGCUUGCAAGGUACAGCUUCUGGAUAAUAGUCAGGGUUCUUAUCCGGUUUUGAAAGUUGAAACAUACUACGCUACAACAUACAUGCAAGUAGCAGAUCGUGACACAUUUUUCGACUUGUUCGCAGCACUUGUUUUCUGGUCCAGUUUGAAGGAUAAGGGCAUUUUCAACAAAACUGCUGUGAUACAGCCGAUUGUUCCGAAGCAGCAGAAACCGGCUCCGCUUCUGGUAUGUCAAUUCAAUGUCUACACACGUAUCCCCAGAAACAAAAGCGUAUCACUUAAAGACAAUAUACCCGUACCGCCCUAUUCAAAUGAAACGUCAGCACCUGAAGAGUUUGGCUGGUUUUCGGCAAUGGGCAAACUGAGCUCUGACGGCAGGUUGGAUCUUCUUUUACAGAGUGACGGGUCGUUGCUUUGGUCUUUUGAUAUCACGGAACUUUUAAGAUCAGAAAUUCAAGUUCUUGAUCCGUGUCUUCUUCAAAAUGAUACAUUUUUAUUUUUGGGAGUAAUUCCAAAGCUAAGAGAUCAGUUAAAGGUGUCUCCAUCGUGUUCCUUCUCAGUGGGCUCGCACAAAGAUAAGUUCAACUCCUUCGGCAUAGUGUUACAGUUUCCUCUCAGAAUUGAUCUCGAAGACUGGCUUGUGGCUCUCAGCACCUUUGCUCAAGCUGAGACAGUGUCAUUGAUUGGAACAGACAAAUCUAACGAGUUGAGAAUUUCCAAUCGUUUCAAAAUUUCCAUUCUGGAGGCGGACUUCAGCGCAAUUAAUCUUACAAACUUUGAUAACGAAACUCAGUGCGAAAAUACUUCAGAACUAUACGUGGAAAUUUCGGUGUGGGAUCAUUGUUGGGCAAGGACAUCAAUUGUAUCGGAUGCGAAAUCUCCUUUUUGGCGGGAAGAGUUUGAUUUCAAUUUUUCUGUCAAGACUUCUCCAGUGUGCAUCAAAGUAAUGCUUGCCAUUGACGGAACAAGAUCCUACUCAUCACAGGACAAGGUACUGGGUGAAAUAGAAAUUACACAAGAGAUGAUCAACGACGGAAGUCUUAGUGCCGAAACGAGGAUUCCAAUAUUUGACGUCGAAAAUAAACAUUUCCAGUUGGGGACCUUGUGCAUAAAGGUGGCAUCGAGUCUGAAUGCAAUUCUUCCUUCAGUAAAUUUUAACAGGCUAGAAUCCAUGCUUUCACGCAUGAGCCUAACGAAAAUGACCGAUUACUUAUAUGAUAUUUCAAUUGCAGAUUAUCUCAAGUUGGAGGAUCUAUCGAUGGUUUUUCUGGACAUUUUUCAAACGGUCGACAGGACCAACGAUUGGUUCCAAGCAUUAGUUGAUAAGGAAUUCAAUGAGAUAGACACAAGCAUAUUGAAGAAGACUACGAAGAACCUAUCGUCUGCGAAUAUAUACAGUUCGCUGUUUAGGGGAAACUCAAUCCUCACAAAGUCAAUGGAGAAGUACUUCAAUCGUAUCGGUAAAGAAUAUCUCGAAAAGGCCAUCGGAGGUACUAUACGAAAGAUUGUUUUCUCGGACAUGUGCCUGGAGCUCGAUCCCAAUCGAAUCAGAGCGGAUGAAUUUGAGAAGGAAAACAUCAUUAGAGGGAACUACACGCGUCUUUUGAAGCUUGCCGAGGAACUAUGGGUGCGCAUUUACAAGACAAGCAAUGACCUUCCAUACGGAAUUAAGGAACAGCUCAAAGCAGUCAGAAAAAACAUUGAAGUAAUUUACAAGGACGACGAAUACAAAGUAAUCAUUAAUUGUGUCUCAGGGUUCCUCUUUCUGCGCUUCUUUUGUCCCGUAGUACUGAAUCCCAAGCUCUUCCAUAUAGUGGAUAAUCAUCCAGAAGAAGGUCCUAAGAGAACAUUGACAUUGUUGGCAAAGGUACUACUGAAUUUGUCAAAUCUUACACUUUUCGGCAAGAAAGAGCCAUGGAUGACUGAAAUGAAUUCAUUCAUAGCGAAACAUGAGGAUGAACUGAUUGACUACAUUGAUAAAGUAACAGAUAAAAAGCUCGAUUUCACCACCAAGACUCUUAAACUGAGUAGCAGCGUUGCUCGACCAAAGAUACCACUGAAUGCUGCCAUCCGAAACGAACUACCUACCAAUCCCUAUCUCAUUGACAGAUAUUUGAGGGAAACGGAGCUUAUAAGUGUUCUCUCGAUCUCGCGGCGGCACGAGGAAAAACAGCUCGAAGCACCUAGCACCGUGAGUAUGAACCGCCUUUCAAAGGAUCAUUCGUCUUCCGCGCCCAGUCCGACAAUCGGUCCGCCUAAUACAAAAAUCGGUGAGUUAGAGUUUGAAAAACUGACUCAAAACAAUGCUGAAAUAUUUGGUGAUGACCUACUUAAAUAUUUGGCAAUUGACUCGCAAGGUUCGCCGGUAGAGAAGAAACCAACACGCUCAGGAGCCGUCACUGAUUUGACAAAGAAUCUGGAGCAGGAGUCUUUACUUCUCUAUCACCGACUUGAGCACCUUACCCAAGUCUUGUCAGGUUAUGAGCAACCCAAUGAAUUGAUCCUGGGCAAAGCUGAAUUCGCCCUAUACCUCGUGGACCAUCUCUGCCUUGAUGAAAACCUUUACGUAAGGCUAGACCUUACAGGCAGCUACGCAAAGCACGACAAAGUGGACAAACUUUGCUCGGAUUCUUCAGCGUUCACGAAACUGCUCAACAGGCUACAGAGUCCUCCAGCCAGCAAACAUCCUUCAAGAAGCCACACGAUAAAGUCCAGCACGAAAUCCGGUUCUUUGAGGUCCAUGUCGUCUUUCAAGAAAAGCGCUGUGAGUUCCGAUUCGAAAAUAGACGAAAAAUCGGGAUUUAAAUUUCUUCGACUGUUCAAGAAAUGA